AUGGGAAAAGGACGAGCUCCUUGCUGUGAUAAGAGCAAGGUGAAGAAAGGACCAUGGACUCCUGCUGAAGAUUUGAGACUUAUCACUUUCAUUCACAACCACGGCCAUCAAAAUUGGCGCGCCAUCCCCAAACAAGCCGGACUACUGAGAUGUGGAAAGAGUUGCCGGUUGAGAUGGAUUAAUUAUCUAAGACCGGAUUUAAAACGGGGGAACUUUACACCUCAAGAAGAAGAAACCAUAAUAAACCUGCACAACUUGUUGGGAAACAAGUGGUCAAAGAUUGCGUCUCAUUUUCCGGGAAGAACUGAUAAUGAGAUUAAAAAUGUGUGGAAUACACACUUGAAGAAAAGAUUAUUGAAUAGGGAAAAUGUGGGUUUCCAUCCAGACAAUGACUCUUGUAAAUCAAGUUCAAUUACUUGUGGAAAUGGGCAGAAAGGGAUUCUGAAAGAGAUAUCAACACGACGUGGGCUGAUUGCCGAACCAAAAGAAACAGCUUAUUCAGAUUCUCCGACUUCUUCACAUGCAUUGAGUUUCUCUAACAUUAGUCAGCUUGAUUAUUUUUCGAGUCUGGAUGAAACAGUGGGAUCAUGUUUCAAUCCUAAGAGUUCAUCAGAUGAAAAUAUUGAAAUCCCAUUUGACCUUGAUGUUGACUUUUGGAAUAUGAUAGACACCUUGGAUCCAUUACAGUACUCCACUGAAUCUCAGUCAAGUGAUCAGUAUAAAGAUUCCAAUCUUGUAGAGAAUUCUGAACGAGAAGUUGAAUGCAGAAAGUGGAUAAGAAAUUUGGAAAAUGAACUUGGACUAACCGGAGAAAAUAUUGGUGUACUUCCACAAAAAAAUGCAAGCCAAGAGAGAGUUCUGGAGCCUGCCUUGGAUUAUUUUCCAAUAUGGCCUCCUUCACCAGAAAAUUUUGGUGGAGAUUCAGAUGGGUGUAUAGAAGUUACUUGUAGUUACAAGUUCAAGAUAACUUGUUGGUGCUGUUAUUCAGCAGAUGUACCGCCUCCACUGCAUCCUGAAGACAUAUGUUUUCCAACUCAUGAUGCAAGGGAGGCCUACCCAUGUCCUGCUCUUCCACCCUCCCGCUUCAAUGCCACCACCCAAACGCUUGAUCGCGCGUCGAAACCAAUGUCGUGA